GUUUUGAGGCGAGGGAAGAAGGUGAGAGGAUGGGCAGUGUGAAAGAAGGUCAACGCGCUGGUGCCUCCACUUCCAAGAGUAACAUUUCUUCCAGCAAAACAAGAUCUGCUGAGGGAUUCAUGUCAUCAUCAUCUGCGCCAACAACGAGCACUAAAAAGGCAAAACCGAAACGGAAGCCGGUCACUCCCGAAAACACACCGCCUUUCGUAAGACAGCGAGGCGAGCACUUCUUAGAUCUGACCAGCGAGAGAGGCCGCAUCCCAACGAUAUUAGUUGAGAUGGACGACUUCAGGAGGCCUCUUCAGAAAGACGUUUAUCUCUUUGUCCGCGUAGUCUCGCCGCCAAUGGCGGAGGAUGAUGAGGAUGAGCUUGAACUCACGCAGCGAGAACAAAAGGGCAAUUGUAUGGCUCUGGUAUUUGGUAACCUGAUUUUGCUCACAAGGAUUCUCUUCUUGUUUUCCUUAUGAUCGAACUCAGGCUACCAAAUACCAGAACCAUUCAACAACAACAACGAACAGCAGGAGGGUUUCGAUUUCGGCUUCUUUCAGAACUUUGGAGGACAGCAAGACGAGGAAAGGAUAGCUAUAAUUGAGCAACGCAGGCAUAUAUCUGAGCUUGUGUGUUUUGUCAAAAUUCCUGUUGUAGUCGCGACAGGAGUGGGAACUGGAGCAGCGGAAAGAGGAGGCAAGGGUGGAACAUCAUCUGCUUACGCUUUUGGAGUAGAGAACAGCAUAGGAAG